AUGGCGUCAUGGAACUCGUUUCGCGGCUUUGUCCUUCUUUUCUGUGUACUCUUUGCCGUUGGGGGAGAAGCCAGUGGUAUUAGACCCCCAUUGUACACCGGCGACUUUGCCGACUGUCUACCCGAGAGCUCGUUCACCGUUGCCCACUUCGACGCCGCGUACGAUGCCGGCAACAAGACUGUUGUCUUCCACCUCAACGGUACCAGCAGUAUUGAGCAUGAGCGUAUUAUUUUGCGUCUAUCCAUCAACGGAUAUGGAACCAACCGGUUCGACAUGACCUUCGACCCCUGCGGCCUACACAUCCCCAGCCUCUGCCCCCUAAGCUCGCAAACCCCCAUCACAGCCAGCACCGUCCUCCCCGCCAGCAACCACCCGAUCAGCCAACCCCUCCAAUUCCCCUUCCACCUCCCGGACUACGAAGGCACCGCCAAACUGCAAGUCUACGCCGCCUCAGACAAGACCACCGAAAUCGGCUGUUUCCAGGCCUCCCUCACAAACGGCCACACUGUCUCUCACCCGGCUAUCCUCGCCCCCAUUCUCGGCUGCUUCACCCUCGUCGCCAUGGCCGCGUCGUUCCUGACGGCUAUCUACGGAAUCAGUGUCCCACAUAUGAGGAUGCACCACGCCCAUUCGCUGUCGGUCAUGGUGGUGCUGGAGACGUUCCAGAGUAUUUUCUUUUCCGGCGCGCUGUCGGUUGACUGGCCGCCUAUCUUGACGGCGUGGUGGUCGAACUUUGCCUGGUCUGCAGGGAUGAUCUAUGCGCCUGGGUUGAUACAGCCGAUCAGCGUCUUUACUGGCGUUGACGACGGGAACGGGACGGCGGCGGCGGCCGAUGCCUGGUCAGCACACUCGAUUCUUGAGAAGGCCGUGAUAUCUCAUAAAGCGUCAAAGGGCGCCGCCGCCCCCAAAGGCCCGGCGUUCAACUCCACCUUCUUCAACGACACAACAUGGUCUGGCAACCCCGUCAAGCCCGGCCUGCCCUUCCCCGGCACCGCCGCCGCCACAGGCUUCCCAGCGACCCUAUCCGUAUCCAACAUCCCCAUCGCAGACGCUUUCCUCCUCAGCCUGAUCUGGAUCGUGAUCGCCUUCGGGUUCGUGGCCUUCGCCAUCGCAACCUUCAAAGCGGUACUAGGAACCCUAGUGAUAACCCACAAAAUCCACGAAGACCGCCUCUUCUACUUCCGCAACCACUGGCUCGGCUAUCUCGCCCACGCCCUGCAGCGUACGCUUGUUGUCUUCUUCUUCACGCUCAUGGCUCUGUCCAUGAUGCAGUUCACCACGCGGACGGCCGUGGGACCGAUUGCUAUCGCUGCGGUGGUGUUUAUUCUGGUGUUGAUCGUCACGGUGGCGCUUGUCGUGAGCGGGUGUCGACACCGCACGAAGCGGGGGAAGCUGGAGGUACAGGCGGACCGGGUUAUUUGUUACCGCACGCCGUGGUUCGGGGGGCGGGUUCAGGGGGUGGCGUUCAUCCGAGAGUCGACGGUCAAGCAGCACAAUGUCGAGAUUCAGCAGAAGCAGCAGGUGUACAACUUCCCGAUGUUUAAGAUUAAACAUAUCGACGACAUCCCCGAGCGGAACACGGUUCACAUGGAUGAGGUGUUUGUCAAGAGGUACGGCUGGUUAUCGGCACGGUAUCGGCGCACACGGUGGUGGUUUAUGGCGUACCAUGUAGGGUACCUGUUCUGCCGCGCUGCGCUGCUGGGAGGGGGUUGGAAGACACCCCACGCCCAGGUAUACGGCAUCUUGGUGGUGGACAUCCUAAACUUCAUCAUCGCCGCCAUCCUCAACCCCUUUGAGGGUGCCCGCAACACCGUCAUGGGCGUCUGGAUCUUGGGGUUCGGCAAGAUCAUCACAGGGGGUAUAGCAACCACCCUGCUCCCCGGCGCAACCACCACCCGGUCCACAGCCGCCAGCCACGGCCUCGCCAUCGUCGUCAUCCAAGUAUUUACCGUCGUCGCCUUGCUGGCCCUCAUCGCUCUCAGCACGGCUUCGUCCUUCUUGUCGCUGAUGCGCAACCGUAAGGAGGUCGAACCGGAGUGGCUCGAGCCCGCCCGCAUCCGCUACUUCACGGCCAUCGAGAAGAAGGCCCGGGACGCGCCUUUCGCGGUGGACCACGAGCCGCCUCCGCCAACCCCGCGGUUUUCGGUUCUAUCCGUCCACAGGUGUCCGAAAAUCGAAGACGAGGACACGGAUGCGCAGGCCCAGCCUCAGUUCCAACCCGGGGCACAGGGUCAGACACCUACCGCCAACGAACAACCGCAACCCCCCGAAGACAACUCCACCACCACAGAAGGUCAACAGCAACAACUCCAAGUUAACCACGGCCACAGCCACAGCCGACAAAGCAGUUCUGCCCCGCGCCUCAGCACAAGCAGUUUCGGCCCCCGCCUCAGCACAGGCAGUCUGCCCCGUGCAGCCCGGCCCUACCGCAUGUCCUGGUCCUCACGCGACUUCCGCGAGUCGGUGGAUCUCAGUAGGCCUGCCAGUAGCGUGCUCAUAGCGGCUGGGCGGUGUUCUGGUGGUGUGAAUGCUAAUUCUACUUGUGUGGUUGUUACGGAUUGUGAUACGCCGGAGGAGGAGGAGGUUGUAGUGCCAUCGUCGUCUGGUGCAACGUCGUCGUCGUCGUCAAAUACACCAUCAUCAUCUGAUGCACUAUCGUUCUCGGAGGCAUCAUUGUCGUCCGAGGCAUCGUCGGUAUCGGAGAGAGGGAGGGAUAAGUACGACAGGCCGAAACCGGAGAGUGGGAUUUGGAGUUUACACACGCCUUCGCCUUCUAUCAGCAGGUCAUCGAGUCCAUGCUCGGCAAGGCACCGGGUUUCGAAAGAGAUUGCGGGUAUGGAUGGGAAGACGCCGACGACGGUGCUAGUUGAGGCGUUGGAGCCGGUGGAGUGA